AUGAAUAAGUUCAGCGAUGACGUCGAGGACACAGGCUGGGUUCCGACGUCGUUGAAUGCGAUCGGUCGGCAUGCGCCGGUUACAAUCCACACGGUUAGCUCGCAGCUGGCGUCUGCCACGAGCACCUGUGUCUUCUACCCGUUUGACACGCUGAAGACCCGGUUCAUGGCACAGGACGGCACGGCGGUGCGCCAGCACAACGGUCGCGUGUACUCGUCCAUUCAAGGUUCACUGGCACUCAUCUACGGAGAGGAGGGCCUGCGCACGUUGUUCCGCGGGUGCCCGGUCGCCGUUGCCGGCUCCGUUGUCGCGUGGGGCGUGUACAUGUGCCUGUACCGUCAUCUAUGCAACCUGACAGAGUACACGUCGUACGUUGGACGCUCGGGUAUCUCGGUCCUGUCCAGCGCUAUCUCCUCCUGCGUUACCUGCCCCAUCUUCCUCGUCAAAUCCCGCAUGCAGCUCGAGGAGGCGAAUCGAAGCUCGCACUAUCGCUCCUUUUGGAGAGGUGUGCAGCACACGGUGCAGACGACCGGUGCGCGCUCCCUCUGGCGUGGGUUGUCGCCGCAGCUCUUUUUGAUCUUUCCCAACGCGCUGAGCAUUCCCACCUACGACACACUGAAGCUGUUUGUUCUGCGGUACCGCUGGCAUCACGCUGAGAUGAAAGAGCUGAACCUCUUCGAGAUUGCCGUCUGCUCCACCCUGACGAAGUUGUGGAUUCUCAUUCUGUCGCACCCGCUCGUCAUGAUGAAGGUGCGCAUGCAAGAUGAACGGGCCACGCUCGGCAAAUACCAGUACCGCUCUGUUGCGCAGAGCAUCUCGAACGUCCUAAAGACGCAAGGAUUGAAAGGCAUGUAUCGCGGCUUCCGCACGGCCCUCGUCCACUCCCUCCCCCGCUCCCUUCUUCACUACUGCAUCUACGAAAAGACACUGUCGUUUCUGUGUCGGUGA